GGUGAAUACAUGGUUAACCUGUGGUUUAUGGAAAAUUACAUUAGUUUGGACUUAUGUGGCUUCACGAGUUAUCCGAUUACUACAAUCUGGAUUAUAAGUCACAAUUUUGGCCCGGAGUUCAUCUAUAACCAUAUUUACCAGCAUACAUUUAACCUUGAGAAUACAGGUACUGCAAUCAUUUUAAGCUGGUGCAGUGGUUAUACUGUGUUGAAAUGGCUCUUAGUCAUCUAUACUGGGCUUGCUUAGGAGAAAAGUACUUCCAUAUGCUAAUCUCGUUGAACUAACUUAUGUAUCACUGAAUUUAGACAAGGCAAGUAUUCCGUCUUAUUUUAAGUUUAAAGCUUGGUUGCCUGAAAAUCUUAUAUGAGUACAAGGCUAUUGUCAGGUAGAGUUUUCAAAGACACCUCAGUUUAGCAGGAUAGAUAAUAGAUUUGUUGUUUGGUUUCGUUACGUCCGAUUUCACAUAGGGCAUCAAUGCUAAUCAUGAAUGGGAAAUCAAACAGAACCUUGUCUCUACAUCGACGAAUAAAGCUAUGUUUAGUAAAAUUGUGCUAUUUUUUCUAAGAAAAGUUGAGCGCUCUGACUGGCCCUUACCUAGCUCACUAUUAAGACAUUGUUUCAGUUGCUUUGAUAUACCAAUUGCAAGUAAAGAAUUCAACAACAUAAUUUAUCUGUAUAAGUUCCUGAAGUCACUUAAUUCCUUUGAUGAAUGAAACUGCGAAUCCUCUGUUUUAUUUUUAGUGGAAAGCUUCAGAAUAAUCCGGCGAAAUAAAGGGCUUAUCAGAGAAUGCUUACAAAUUAGGUACAAAAUUGUUGAUGGUGACAACAGUGAAAAGGGACGUGGCUAAAUAAAGAGGCUUGAGGCAUACAAUAUUGACCAAAAAUGAUCAGGCAGAAAACAAAAUCACUGAUUCAAAUACUAAGUUCAGCUAAAGACUACACUGUAUCACAGUUCUUGAAAAGUUUAAGGAAUGACUGAUCACACAGACAAAUGAAGAAGAAAUUGGCAAUUUCAAUGUCCCUCUUCACACACGAAUAAUUAUGUCGCGAAAUAUUAUUCAUCGCUUGGGGCAAAACAUUUCACUGAGUCUGCAAGUUAAAAGUGUCAGGGGUGUGCGCAUUUUUCUUGAAAAAAAAAAAGGGUAAAAAAAUAAAUCCCGCCUAAAAAAUACAGAAGGGUUUCUACACUACUCGAUGGCGAGGAAUUCAAACCUUCCCUCAUCUACUUCAUCAUUUUCCGUCUAAAAUGAUGUUAGGAUAUUGCAUUUCCCAAAGAGCUUUAACUUCAAAAGCCGGGGUGCUUGAAAGAUUGUCUCAGAGAGGUUGCAACCCGUCCAGCUGAAUUGUCAUCGAAUAUAAAAUCAGGUCCGGCUGUGUAAGAUUGCACCCGUAGAAUAACUGUUAAAAUAAAUACCGCCUGAUUUAUUUUUAGGAAUUUAUUAAUAUACAUAGAGUGUUUGAUCCUCUGAUUUCUAAAUAUCUGAAUAUUUUCAAAAUGAAAAGGUUAUAUAUUUCACGUUGGCAAAAUGCAAAAUCCUUUGCACGAAAAUGGCGUUACAUCCCUUCAACGACGAGCAAUUGAAUUAUUUCAAAUUCGCUGCAAUUGCUUUGAAUGAAUUUCCCAGAGCAUUGCGCCAGACAUUCAGAUCGAUGUGGGACAACAGUUUUGGACCUCGUCCUGGCUAUCAACCUUGGGAUGACUCCGUUGUAGUUAGAAAUCUAUUUCUUGUUGAAGAGGGUGGCACAACAAGAGUUCCAGUGCACCUCUCAUUCGAUGAGUGGGAUUGUACUGCCCUGUUUCAGGCCACCCUCUAUGCCCAUUCGUUCAGUUUACCGGCUAGCAGAGGUCAUUACAAGACACUUGGUGAAUUGUACGUGAAACCCCGUAAGUUAGCCCGUGGAACUUUUCAUGUUUCUGUGUUCAGCCCUAGGGGAGACAGUGCUGAAACGUUAGCUCUCGCUAUUGAUCAAUUGCGACUUUUAAGAAAUUCACUUUGUCACUCGCACAGCUCUGAAAUUAGUAAAGUUACUUUUGAUCAGUACAUUCAGCACUCCAAAGACGCAUUUGCUGCCCUUGGUGUCAACUCAGGCCAACUUGAUGUCAUAGCAAGUUUGUCAGAGUCGGACUUUCCCAUACAAAGAGUUCAGGAAUUGCUGGAAUGUAUCAACGAGGAGAAUCGCGCAUAUUCAAGAUUUCUCGAGGACACCAUGAGUUUAGGUAUAGAAACUAUCCAAGAGGAGGCUGCUGCAACCAGAAAAGACAUCGCUGUGUUGAGCCAAGAAAUCAACGCAGCUAUGCAUGUUGUGAUCAACAUUGAGAGCAUCACACGAGCACGAACAGGGAGAAACCAACCGUACAGAAGGUUACAAUUACCCGAUGGUACCCCUGGAUCUCCCACGACGUAUAUUGAUCAAGGCCGAAGACCAGCGCAGAGGACGGAAUGUCCAGCAGAGCUUCAGCUAAAUGCUUUAGAUCACUCGACAGAGAUUCAGAUGUGGGAUGUCAUUUUGUCCUUCAAGAAAGCUUUUGGAGUAUUUUUACAAUAUUUGACUUGUAAACUUAAGGUCUUAGUACGUAGCCAUGAUAGGGGAAGUUUGAUAAUCACAAUUGAAUGCAGCUCUUUGCAGAUCCUCGAAGGAUUCUGGGAAGAUUACCGCAGUGGCCUCCUUAACAAUGUGGCCCAAGAAAUGCUCGUGAGACCGGAGGUUUUGGAGAAGCUUGACUGUACUGAAAUCAAGCUGAAAACCUUUAUUUCUGAGGAGGAAUACGAAGAAGGAAAACAGAUCUUCAAGAACAGCUCAAUUUUUCAGUCUGAAUUGCGUACAAGUGAUGUAAUUCGGAAAUGGCCAGGAGAAGAAGCCUCAGAGAAAGCUGACACUUAUCAUUUAUUAGGAUGCAAGCAAUAUAUCUCAGAAGACUUUACCUCCGCGCUUCGGUCUCAUCAGGGUGCGCUUGCCAUCAGACGCAAACUGUAUGGAGAGGAACACUCAGACACAGCUGACAGUUACCAACUAAUCGGGUGCACGCAAAACGAGUUGGGGGACUUCACUUCAGCCCUUCAAUCUGCAAAGCGUGCGCUUGAUAUCAAAGGGAAGCUCUUUGGAGAACAACACCCCGACACAGCUGACUGUUACCACCUGCUAGGGUGGACCCAACAUGAGCAACACGACUUUGCCUCAGCUCUUCGAUCUGCACAGAGAGCCUUGGGCAUAAGAAGAGAGCUUUUUGGAGAAGUUCAAUCAAGCACAGCCUAUAGUUACCAUUUACUUGGUUGGACCCAUCAUGAGUUAAACGACUUUAGCUCAGCUCUUCAGUGUGCACUGCGUGGGCUUCGUAUCUGACUUAAAAUUUUUGGAGAAGAAGACAUAAGGACUGCAGACAGUUACUAUCUUCUUGGAUGGACGCUUUAUGAGUUAGGCAAUUUUGACUCAGCGAUGCAGUCUGCAUGGCGUGCGCUUCACUUUAGACGGACGCUGCUUGGAGAAGAACACCCAGACACAACUGACAGUCAGCGAUUAAUCGGGUUGACGAGAUCUGCCCUUUACAUUCGACGGAGGCUAUUUGGAAAAGAACACCCACGCACAGCUGACAAUCAGCGAUUAAUCGGGUUAACGAGAUCUGCGCCUUACACUAGAGUAAAACGGAGGCUGCUUGGAGAAGAACACCCAGACAAAGCUGAAAGUCAGCAAUUAUUCGAGUUGACGAGAUCUAUGUUAGACGAAUUUAUCUUUGCUCCAAUUCACGCUGACGAGCCUUGAUGUGUUUGCAGAAGAAUAUUAAAAACAGCUGACCUCGAACCACCUCUGCGGUCUAUAGAUCAUGCUUUAAUCCGGCGGCCAACUCAGUGUAGCUUCGCGCGCGUGCGGCAGAGUCCCAUACACAUGGAAUAUGGUCAACCUCUUUUCGUUUGGUUGUCACGUGACUGACCGAGCGUACGUACGUACAUACGUACGUGCCUUCAGAUUGCACGGGUAGGGUAGGGGAGACUAUCAAAACGAAGGGAGGGGUGUCUCAGGCUAGUCUUGGCAAAUGCAUAUCUUUUACGUUAUCAUUAAUAUAACGAACUUGGGAGCUCCGCUUUUAGGCUUGGCUAAAUCAAUAUUAUUAUUAUAACUAGUAUCAAGAUUAUCAUUCUUUCCAGUUACCAGCAAUGUCAUUUUUAUGGUUUGCUAUAAAUGUUGUUUUCCAGGGGAAACCUGUUUCGCAGCUGAAGCAUCGAAAAUUUUAUUUAUGUUUUGGGCAAACCCUUUAAAAAUUUAGGAGGCCAAGAGGAGUGCCAUUCAAGUAAUGAAAAAAUUGGCGGCGAGAUCCAGGUGUCCCAGCUUCACAUCUCGCAAAGAAGUGCAAAGGUUUAUAACCUAUCAGUUCAUUCCUGAAAGUGUUAGUUGUUACGGCAUCAAUUUACUCGAGGACCUGUUGAGAAUAAAACUGACCCACCUCU